AUGGACUCCUCCAGUGCUCCGCAGACCAACGGCAAGGCGCCGCUGUCCGACAGCACCGCCAGCUCUGCCAGGCGCAUUCGAGAUAACUCCGACGAACCAAUUGUCAAGGUCCAGCCCCCGCGCCGCGAGGAUCUCCAGCCUAGCUAUGCCCAGGUCCUGAAGCCAGAAGCCGAAGACUCUGGCCACGGCUGGUACGGUGCCAUGAUCGAUACCUUGGGCUCCUGCAUUGGCACCCUCGGUGCCAUUCCGUGCUGCCUCUGCUGCCCCAACCCGUACAAGCCCGUUAGCCAGGGCAACGUUGGCCUGGUCACCAAGUUCGGUCGCUUCGCCCGCGCCGUCGACCCCGGUCUCGUCAAAGUCAACCCGCUCAGCGAGAACCUGAUUCAGGUCGAUGUCAAGAUCCAGAUCGUCGAGGUCCCCAAGCAGGUCUGCAUGACCAAGGAUAAUGUUUCGCUCUAUCUCACGUCAGUCAUCUACUACCGUAUCACAUCGCCGCACAAGGCCGCCUUUGGCAUCGCCAAUAUCCGCCAGGCGCUCGUCGAGCGCACUCAGACCACCCUUCGCCACGUCAUCGGCGCCCGCGUGCUCCAGGAUGUUAUCGAACGCCGCGAGGAAAUUGCAGCCUCGAUCCGCGAGAUCAUCGAGGACACCUCGACCUCGUGGGGUGUUGAGGUCGAGAGCAUGCUCAUCAAGGACAUUAUCUUCAGCCAGGAGCUUCAAGACUCUCUGUCUAUGGCCGCCCAGAGCAAGCGUACCGGAGAGGCCAAGGUCAUCGCCGCACGCGCCGAAGUCGAAUCCGCCAAGCUCAUGCGCCAGGCUGCCGACAUCCUGUCCAGCGCUCCUGCCAUGCAGAUCCGCUACCUGGAGGCUAUGCAGGCAAUGGCCAAGACCGCGAACAGCAAGGUCAUCUUCUUGCCUGCCACGAACCAGACCGUCCAGGCGCAGCUUGCCCAGGCCGAUGCCGUCGGCGAAGGUCCCAGCAGGUACCGCGAGGAAGGCGUCGCGGAUUUCGGCCAUGGCACCCACAACACCGGCUUUGACAGGGCCCUCCAGGCCGGCCAGGUCGAGAGCAUCUAA